CUUUCCUCUGAACAGAGAGAGGAUCAAGAGCCUCGCAGCACCGCGAGGGGGCCUGAUGCAGUAACAAGAGCAUCAGCCGUCCAAAAGAGCUUCACAGGACAGGCGGGUGUGCGCACUCACUCACCCACAGAGACUGACUGCGACUGGAAGCGCGAGGCGAUAAGAUCGUGUGUUUUGUGUUGCUGCCGCGCAGUAUCUUUUCACGCAAGUGCCGAGGACUGCAGGGGAAAAGUUUAUUUCGGAGACUCUCAAACUAACGGGCAUGGCCGCUCCCAGAUCCCCCUGAACGUCAGUCGUGCGGGACACAACAAAAGAUGUGGAUCCACUUACAGUCUGUCUUCUGAAUAACUCAAUGACAGAUUGAGCCAUGACGGAACGGGAUGGCCGCUGUGAUUUGUCCAUCGCCCCGGGGCAGAUGUAUAUCGAGGUGGAGUAUGAUUAUGAGUACAAGGUGAAAGACAGACUUAUCUCCAUACGGCAGGGCGAGUCCUACAUGUUGGUUUGCAAAACCAACGAGGACUGGUGGCAAGUUCGUCGGGAGGAGGGCACCAAGGCUUUUUAUGUCCCCGCUCAGUACGUCCGAGAGGUCCGGCGUGCCCUUAUGCCGCCGCCAAAACCUCGUGCAAAGCCCCCUAACGUUCUUGAAAUCGCCCAGUGCUGGUCGUCUAAUGAAAAUCUCAACCAACGCACUACUAUGGAACGGUCCAGCUUCGGCAGACCACCUCCUUCGACAACGCCGUCUCCAUUGCCAGGUCAACAGACCCCGCCUUUAAUGUUGCGGGUCACCAAUCAGAACUCGGGGAUGAAGAGCGUUGUUGCCGAGCUCACUCUGCUUAAAAACAACAACCAUCAUAACUAUCAUCAUGGCAACCCCACACUUCCACAAGGACGAGCAGAGUCCCCUCCACGAGAGCCAGGUUGCCUGGGGAAGCUCCCUGGAAGGUUGUCGGUGGACACGGACGGAAGCGUGUCACCAGGAGAUGGGUUGGAGAAAAUGAGAAAUGACUCUGAAUCUGGAGAUGAGCUCAGCAGCAGCUCUACCGAACACAUUCAGGGCAUAUCUCCCACCGGACAGGGUCGACCCGAGUCCCCCGUUUACACUAACCUCCAGGAGCUAAAGAUCUCUCAGUCGUCUCUCCCACCUGUUCCCUCUUCCUCCCCUCUGCAUAUACUGGGCGACUGGGAAACGCACAAAGAUAAGAGUGGAAGAAACUUCUACUACAACCGCAUGACUCAGGAGAGGACCUGGAAACCGCCCCGCUCUCGAGACGGGCUCACUCGUGGGGACACGUCCAACUCUGGAGACAUGGAGCAUUUGUCUUCUGAGGAGAAUUGCCCCAGCACACGCUCCAGUCAGUCAGACAGUCAGUACGGAUCGCCCCCUAGAGGCUGGUCUGAGGAACUGGAUGAACAUGGCCACACACUCUAUGUAUCUGAAUACACCAAUGAGAAGUGGAUUAAGCAUGUGGAUGAACAAGGGCGGCCGUAUUACUACAGCGCUGACGGAUCCCGCUCAGAAUGGGAGUUACCAAAAUAUAAUCUCUCUCCUCCAAUCUCUGGAGAAGCUCCUACGAGUCACAGUUUGGAAAGGAAAGAGCAGGAGGCCAUUGUGCUGACCAAGUGGAGACACAGCACCUAUGUGCUGGACAUCAGUGACAAGCUGCCAUUCAAAAGCAGAUGGUACAGCGUUAAACACCUCCCCAGGGGCUUCGGCCUGUCCCUGUACAGAGAACCCUCAGAAAAGUGUGGUGUUCUCAAUGUCACCAAGAUUACUGAACAUGGCAAGAAAGUCAGGAAGAAUUGGGCCUCCACCUGGACUGUCCUGCAGGGAUCCUCUUUACUUUUUGCAAAGGGUCAGGGCAGCGGCACCAGCUGGUCGUACUGCCGCAAUGGUUCCUUUCCUGAACUCCUCCUUUCAUUGCUAAGUAACUGGAAGCGUUCGAUUAAGCCCCGGCCUGCAGUGUCCUACACGCACUGUAGACGCAGCCGGGCUCCCUCUUUUGGAGGCAACCAGUCCAAACCCGAAUUUACAGUGGACCUGCGAGGUGGUUCGGUUGAGUGGGCAUCCAAAGACAAGUCCAGCAAGAAACAUGUCAUUGAGCUGAAGACACGAGUGGGCACAGAGCUGCUGAUCCAGUCUGAGAUUGACAGUGUUAUCAAUGACUGGUUCAGAGCGCUUUCUGAGACCAUCAACACACAUGCUUGGGAGUCUGAUGAGGCCAUUGAAGAGGACAUGCCUGAGUCUCCAGGAACUGAGAAACACGACAAAGAGAAAGACCCACGAGACUCCAAGAAAAACAGAGUCGUAAAGAACCCCAGUUUGGAUUCAUCUGAGCAGAAGAAGACCAGAGUCAAACUGAAGAAGUUCCUCACACGGAGACCAACAUUACAGGCUGUCCGGGACAAGGGCUACAUAAAAGAUCAGGUGUUUGGCUGCAGUUUGACUGCCCUGUGUCAGAGAGAAGUUACUUCCGUGCCUAAUUUUGUCAAGAUGUGCAUUGAGCAUGUGGAAAAUACAGGCUUGAAUGUUGAUGGCUUGUAUAGAGUCAGUGGAAACCUGGCUGUCAUACAGAAACUGCGCUUUGCGGUCAAUCACGAUGAAAAGGUGAAUCUGGAAGACAAUAAAUGGGAGGAUAUCCACGUGACUACAGGUGCUCUGAAGAUGUAUUUCCGGGAGCUUCCAGAGCCUCUGUUCACUUACGCAUCCUUUAAUGACUUUGUCGAAGCCAUCAAACACUCCGAUUAUAAGCAGCGAGUCCAAUCCAUAAAAGACUUGAUCAAACAGUUGCCAAAACCCAACCAGGAAACAAUGAAAGUGUUAUUCAGACACCUGAAAAGAGUGAUAGAUCAUGGCGAGGUGAACAGGAUGACUACCCAGAGCGUGGCUAUCGUGUUCGGCCCAACCCUGCUGCGGCCAGAGGUGGAGACGGGCAAUAUGGCGGUUCAUAUGGUCUAUCAGAACCAGAUUGUAGAACUCAUCCUUCUAGAGUAUGACAACAUUUUUGGCAGGUAGAAUCAAUCCAGAGAACAUAAUGCCAGUUUAACAUCUCAUAUCCAUCGCACAAAAACACACCACUGCUUAACGGAGUAUAUAAACAAACGUGAGUGGAUUUACUGUGACAUAUGACUGGAUAUAAGCAAAGAAAAUGAAUACAGGAAGAUUCUUUAUGCACUUAAUAUUUUUUGAAGUUUUGAGGAUAUACACAUUUUUCUUUCUUUUUUUUUUUUUCCAUUUGGAUUGUCUUUCCUUGGCUUAGAAUAAGCUGAAUGGACUUUUGGACAAUUAUGGAUGGUCAUUAGUCUCCAUUGUGCACUCUUUUUUUGAGUAAUGGGAAUAUUUUCCUUAGUUGGACACUGGAAUGGACUUUAUCUUCGCCAGUAGUGACGACUCGAGUGAUAAAUUACUGAGAGGACACUUUCAAGUCUCACCAGGUUGAGUUCUUUGCAGUGAAAUGUUUAAAAGAAAUACUAAUUUUGGGUUUGAUUUAUUCAGACACAUAACUGACUUGUAUCUGGGCUCUCGCAGGGCUCAGAGUUUUCGUUUUUCGUAAUUUUUUCCUGUGGAAUAAGCUGAAAGUGCACUGUAUUAGGAGACAGUAUUUUUUGACACUGACUACUGACCUAUGGAUAGUGGGGUCGAUUAAAUUGGACAAUGAUUAAUAGUCAGUAUUAGGACAGGAAUCCUGUUUCAAAUUGGAAAAACUCUUUGUUUCUUCCAUAUCCAGCCAUGUUUGCCCUCCAUCCACACCUCCCUAAAGUUUACUGGAAAAGUUGUGCGCCUCAUGCUACUGGAUAACAGACAUGCUCGUCACACAGUUGUGUCAUCCAAUAGAAAAACUUCCUUUUAAUGAAAAGACCCUCCCUUCAAUGAAAUAUCUGGAUUUUCAUGUGUUUGAGGUCAAACCUGUGCUGUUUCCUUGGAAUAAAUGAACUGUGUUGUGCUGAAUAGUGUAACAGUAUGCAGACAACCAGAUCUCUCCAGAAGAGCUCUCAAAAACAGUCAGAGAUCUCAUCUCUCACCCUUGUAUCUCUCUAGGCUUACUGGAAAAAGAAAGGUGAGCUGCUUAGAUCGGCAUUUAGGCCUUACACGGUUUCAGAUCAAUACAGAAUAUUCAUCUUCUGUUUCCUGCUCUGCCCCUGGAUGGAAAGGAGCUUGAUAACAAAUUGACAGGAUGGUACUGGAAAUAGUGCUGCAGUUAGUGUUCACUGAAGGUACGCAUGGAAAACGCCUUCUAUGUCUCGUUUUUAACAAAAUUCUGAAAACAUAUGUACAGAAUACUUCAACAAGAACUUAAACCUAUUGUACAAAAAAGAAGUGUGAUGGCUUGAAGUUGUGUGUCAGUAACAAGUAUAAAAAUCUAAUUUUGUUGAUGUAUGGAAGAAGGAAAUGAGUAUUAGAUGGGACGGGGGAGUGGUGAUGUCAUCACGCAUUGUGAACUGCACAUUUUGAAUGUAAUUUUCAGACUAACUGCUGUUUCUGAAAUUGACGUCUAAUUCUAAUUAAAAAGACAAAAACUCAUGGAUAAUAUUAAAGUGAUAAUGCUCGA